CAAAUAUCCAAGAUGGCGCCCACCGAUACAUGGUGAGUUCGAGCAUUUUAUAAUUUCUUUUGCUGGGGAAUUGAGUAUGAUGAAUUCCUUUUAAUGGAAAUGUAACUAGAGAUGGUCAAGAAGGAAAUAACCUCAUUUUAACCUCAGUAGUAGUAUUUUUCACCUCUCAAGACUUUCACAUUCCUUCGCGACCGUCCCACAAAAUCUCAGCUUAAGCUUAACAGUUUUAUCUUGUUCACUUGUGCUACUGUGAAUUUCACUUUCGUAGUCCACGAAUAACGUAAGAGGCAUUUAUUAUCUUUGGAUAUGCUUUGUUUCUGCUGUAGAUCUAGAUGUUUACCUUAGACUACACUGUCGAACAUUGCGAUCAUGUGAUCAAACUUUCCUUUGAUACAAAGACACAGUUCUCUCUUUAAAUCGAUCUUGACAUAAUCUUUUGGUUAAAUGUUGACUUUGUCUUUUUUUAUCUGAUCAUCAACUCACAUGUACUUUCAGCUGCUGCCAGACAAAGUAAGAAAGGGUAAAUGCCAUUCACUCUUGGGUAUUUUGCCAAAAAACGGGAAAAGUUUUUGGGAAAGCUUUUAGGAUCUUAGGAUUAGUUGAAAGGGAUUGUAGGUGGAUAGUGAAACAAGAUUUUCAUGGGAAUUCUUGCAUCAUUGUUACAUUUUUUUUUUGGCCUUUUUCUCUGACGGCCUUGACUGAAUCGCGCCAAUUUUGGUACAGUUUGGAAAAUCUCUUCACCCGGCACACUUUAAAAGGAAAAAGUUGUGUUUGAACAUUGAAACUGAUGAUGUCACGAGUGGUAGAAGAGACCAGGAUUCACAUGGGUGGUUAUGGGUGGUUCAGGGGUGAAUGGUUUAAGCCCUGUCAGCACGUAUCUAGAUAACUAGAAAUGUGUGAAUUUCAGGACCUUCGGGGGAAUGGCAAGAAUUAGGAAGAAAGGGAAAUAAGGCAAUAGGGAAGAAAAUUUAUAAAUGUUAAAAAAAACUUAAGCUGUCCAAAAAAAAAAAAAAACAAAACUACAAUAACUAAAAAAAAUACUACAUGAAAAGAAAAAAACAAAAGAAAAGAAGAGCAAAAAGAAUAAGAGGCUCUUCCACCCGUAAUCGAACUCAGGACCUCCUACGCGCCGGGCCACAUUGUUAGCACUGUGUCACGUGGGAACAUACUGUAAAAGAGAUGAUAAUAUUUUAUUUAAAGCCUUUCCUCUAGAACUUUUGCCAGCAUGCCCUGUUUAAGCUGAUCAAAACCUAUUGAACACAAAUUCAAAGCUAUAUUUUAGGGACUUAUGGUGUUUUUAUGGUAUAAAACCAAACUUAAAUGCAUUUCAUCACAUUUAAAGAAGAGAUGCCCAACAAAGCCGAUAUGGUAUAAACUUGUAAAACAUGUGUGUUGUCACCUCGAUUUUCACUCAUAUCUUAAGGCUAAUGAUUGAAAUUGCUUCCAUUUUCUCGUAAAAGUACUUUUGCCUUCGAAAUUCAUCGAAAAAAGGACUUAUUGACUCCUAAAACAGGCGCUAAAAAAAAACAACCUGAUAGCAAGCAAGAUGACACUCUUUGCAAAGCAAGCCUAUCGAUUGCCUGGAAACCAACAAUGCGAUGAUGUCAGGGCAGACGCCAACCAAACUUGAUAGAUUUAUAGCAAAGAGACGAUCACGCUUACCUUGCUAUCCUCAUGGGAGUCAUGAGGGGUGCAUGUGCUUCCCGUGUGACGAGAUUAUAAAUCUCGCUCCACUCGAAAUUAUCUUUGAAAACAGAGCUUUAGCCUCUAUCCACGUGUAAAGGCAUUUUGGGUGCCAAAAAUGUAGGCUUCUUGAAAAUUGGUUGUGGGAAUGGGUUUUUUGAAAACACUGGCUUAUGCUUCUUAUAUUGACAGAUAAAAGCAAAGGUUUGCAAAUGUGAUGAUGUCAUGCAAUGCACAGCAAAUGCUUUGUAAGAGACUAUUUCCAUUGCUGUAGCAUUUUCAUGCAGGUGUGCAAAAAUGGAUCAAAUACGCUAUACAUGCUUUUGAAAACAGACAAAAGAAUAUUAUUAUUUAUCAUUUUUACAAGUUUCCGGAUACCUGUGGAUCGAACCAAAUUUUUCAAAUGUCAAAUUUAUGUGUUAAAAUAAUGCUUCGAUUUGAAUGAUUUCUAAACUGGACAGUUGUUGAAGACUUGUCAGAUUUUUGGAAAAAAUGUGUUUGGGCGUACUAGAAAUUUACACAUCAAUUCUGGCAUACUUUCUGAUUUUCUGAUUGACCAGUAGUAGCAUUCAUUGUGAGCAUGUAAUAUUACCGUUGUUGAUUCUGACAUUGGGAAGGAGUAUGCAUGUUGGAAGCUCGUCAGUUCUCUCGUAAUCUCUUUGCAUAAUGGCUUUGAAACUAAUGAAGUUAUUAUGAAAUUAUUUAUAGAAUAUUUGUAAAAUGGGAGAUUUGAAGUGUCUUUGCAUUGCUUCCUCCUGUUGCUUUGUACAGUCUGAAUGCAUAGUGGAAAACAGGCUUGUCAGACUUGGAUUUAUAAAGUAUUUGUAAUAAUCUAAAUGGUGAUAAUUUUCAUUCGUUUCCCUAUUUAAGUAACCUUGGCCUCAAUUAGAGGAAAUAUCUAGGUUUUCCUUUUUGCUUCAGGCUGAGUGAGUUUAAAACUGUUGAGAAAUAUGGCCAGGAUAUCAUGGAGAAAAUUAAUGAGCGAAAUAAAUUGCGGCGAAAUGGAGCAAAUUAUUCCAAGGUAAAGAAUAAUUAUUUUAAAUAUUUUAUUAUUUGCUUAGUACUAAAAUCUCUUGUAUCUAGAUGUUUUUCUUGGUACAUUUCUCUAUCCUUUCAGGUCUGUAUAAUGUAGACAGAGAGGUGCAAUUGAAUAGGUUGGGAGCAGGGGGGAUGAAAAGUCCUGAAUAUUUUUUUAAAAUGGGAUUGUCCAAGGAUGGAUUUCUUGUGUUUGAAAUAGAUAUUGCUUGUAAAACAUGAGGAUAAUUAUAAUAAUAUUAUAACACUUUUCAAUGUAUUUGGCCAUGAAAUGGAUUUUUUAAAUUUUCCAACUACAUCUGUGCAUGUACAUGUAUCAUGAUUUUUUUGUUAGAUUUUUUUUUAAUCGAAAGCAGGUAGAAUGAGUCCAGGCUUUUUAAGACUGAAAAUUAACCAUCUGAUGUUACUGGGUGAACAAAAUUCUCUCUUACUAACUGUUCCCCUCCCCCUCCCCCAAACCAUCAUACACCCACCUGAUUUUGAAAACAAAAAUAUUAACUGUCCAGCAUGGUGGAACUUGUCUGUACCCACCUAAUGGAUAAAGUGGUUUGCCACCUGCCGGUAGUUAGUUCAAUUGGAUAAGUGCUGAUCUGCCAAGUGGCAGGUCGAGGGUUCAAACCUUGGCUGGACCAACACUCAGGGUCUUAAAAUAACUGAGGAGAAUGUGCUGCCUUUGUUGUGAUAUCUACAGUCGUUAGAAAAUCUAAUCUUCUUGGAUAAGGGCAAAAAAAUGGUAGGCCCUGUCAGUUGUUUCACUGUUCUGAUUCUUGUGGGAUGUGAAAGAACUGGAAAUGAUAUUCACACAAUGGUGGAUCUUAUCACCCACACAAAGUGAUAUUUGAUAUUUAUACUUUGUUAAGAUGUACAGCGUGCACAUGUACAUUGUAUCAGGGGACAAGUUAAGGCAAACAGCUUAGUAAGUCAAUGCUCGAAUCGAUGCUAGUUGUAAUGUACUGUUGGUAUUACAGGUCGAAAUUAAAUUCAGCUUUUAAAAUUUUUUAACCUAGCGUAGCUUGAUCCUCAAUUUCCUUUGUCCCCUAGCCCCAAUUCAUAAAUAAUUAGAGCUAGGAGAUAAAGGAAAUUGAGAAUCAACACAGGUAAAAGUUUAGACCUGAAUUUAAUUUUGACCUGUAACACUUAUACCUCUUGGAUUUGAGCCUGGUUGUUCGAAAAUGUAUUGCUUAUAACAUGUAUUCUUAGUUGCAAUCUGAUGUAAGGAUAAUGCUGAAGACUUUUUUGAGAGAUGUCAGUAAUUUGAAGCAAUCGCUGUUACGAGCAUCAUCUUCUUACCAUGUGUAUCCUUGUUCAAUUUUUAAAUAAAGCUGCUCAAUUAAUCCAUUAAUCCCCAGCAGGAUUAGCCCAGUCGGUACAGCGGUUGACUGUAGAGCAGGAGGUCAUGGGUUGGAUUCCAGGGGCCUGCCUAAUACUCGGGGUCUAAAAAUAACUGAAAAAUAAAAGGUCCCUCCUUUUCCCUGUGAGUGGCUAGACCUUAAUUUGCAUGGCGUAAAUGACCACAUAAAUUAUUGGUCGUCCUCUCUCCAACUGGAGAUGUGAAAAAUAGUGUCCCCCACUUGGUACGUUUGUGCUAAACACAUUGACACAAGUGCAUUUUAGAAGUCCAUUUAAGGAACAGUCUAGUAAUGUGAGAUACAUGUUAGUGUGCAUGGAUAUCAUUUCCAGUUGGAGACAUAAGGUGUCCCUGGGUAGUUUUUUCUUCAGUUAGUUGGUCAGGCAACUGUUAGUGGAAAGAUUUUUUGGAAGCUGUUAUUCCCAACAAUAUUAUUUAUUUUUCAUUAUUCUAAUGCAUGCAAGAUUUGUCCAUAAUCUCCUGGCCAAUUUGUCAUAACCAGCUUUGCGGGCCAAACUGACCUAGUUUGGGAGGAAUUUCUCUUAUUCCUUUGCUGAUGUCAUAUUUAUUUGUGGACUGUUACUGCUUUUCCUUUAUUGUUCAUUGAUUGAUUCCUUAAUAAAUGUGUAGCACAGAGCGAGAAAUUGAUAGGAGACAGAACAUGUUGGAUCAGCUGAUAACAAAGUAUGAUUUUUGUUAUUCCUUAAGGCUUGUUUUGACUAGUGAUGGAGUUGGAGUCUGAGUUGUUUAAGCGGAGUUGUAAGAGUGCUUAUGACCAAGUGAAAAUCUAAAAUUGGAGUCGUCAGCCAAGUCAUAAGUGUGACAGAAUCAGAGUCAGAAGAAUCAGAAUGUUUCCAGUUUUCUUCUGACUCCGCUUACAACUCCGUUGCUUACGUUCCGCUCAUGAUCUAGUGAAAACCAGAUUGUUGGAGUAGGAAGCAGAAAUGGAAGGAUAAACCAAUCACAAUGUGCGUUCCCACUCUUUGUGAUUGGUUUAGUUCUUCUGCUUCUGCUUGCAACUCCGAUGACCCAGUUUGCACUUAGUCAUAAGUGCAGAGUCGUAAACAGAAUCAGAAGAAUCAGAAUGCUGUUUUCUCUAGAUCGUAAGAUUCUAGCUUCUGACUUCAACUCUGACUCCGUCACUAGUGAGAACAGCGUUUAAAAUUGAAACACUGGGAUGAAUUACUAGGUUAGGCCCGUUUCAAACGUCGCACUACUGCCGUAACAAACUUAAAUGAAUUUGACGUAGCAGUUGCAUGGCAAUGGCAUGGGAGUGGUUUCAAACAUCGAAUUUAAUUCAGUCGUGCCAAAUUCAAAGUAAAGAAAACGUCAAUACAAACCUUCCAUCCAUCCAAAGUGGCGAACAGAAACGCAAGGGAAGAUCACAAUCGAAGAAAUUUGCUUUGCUGAAGAUGAUUUUAAAUGCCAGACAGCAGCUGAUGUAGCAGUCCAUUUUAAAUCAUUUUAUUGCAAGAAGGUUAAUUCUUAAAGUAUUUGCUUUUGCUCUCCUUCUGCUUAAUUUCCUUUAAUGAAAGCAAGAAAGAUGUCAGCUAGAUUUUUGUCCGUUCUUGUUAACUGUUUUCUUUCUCAUGCAAGGCCGCUUCGAGUCUUCUUGAUUUCUCUCUUCAGGACUGUUCUCUGUGUUGGAACUUUCUUGGUCAGAGUCUUCCUCUUUUGAUUCACAAAUAUCUCUACUGGGUGAAGAGCAUUGUGAAACUGUGUCUUCUUCAUCAGAAAAUUCAGAAGUAGAGAUUGUGUAUGGACUUAAACUACUUCGCCGUUUUUCUGCCAUUCUGUCGCACUCUCAUCCCAGAGCCCACAGUCAGCUACAGUAUGCGCAGUCAACAGCAGUAGAGUCAAAACACUUAAACAUAUACUUUUUCAUAAUUUAUGAAUUGAGUUUGGCAUGGCAAUAGCGUGACGUUUGAAACCAAGUCGUCCGCGUAGCACUAAAUUCAGGUUGCUAAACUGAAUGAUUUCAAAUUUAUUCUAUCAACUGAGUUUGGCACAGCAGAAGCACGACGAAACAGGCCUUAGACCCUCUCCCCCCCCCCUGCUUUAAAUUGUGAGUCUAUGAUGAAUUAUACUGUAUUUUAUUAUGCAUAUUAUUACUAUAAAAUAAUAAUAUUAUUAUUUGCUCUGGUUCAAAUUUUUCUAGAGAGAAACAAAUGAAUGCUGCAUUUCAGCAGGAAGCUGGCCAGGGGGAUUUUGGAAGGUGGGAGAGGUUUGGACAAAUGAUUCAUGUUGUUGCAUGUUUAAAUAAUAAGGUGUUUUUUUUAGAUAACUCAAAACAGUUUAGUUUCGUUUUUUUUAGAUAACUCAAAACAGUUUAGUUUGCAAUAAAGAAUCAUUCCCAUAAGACUGGUUUUUUACUGGCAGCCACUUGGUGAUUCCCUGGUUUUGCACUGCGCAUCUCUUACUCAUGCAAAGAUUCUGUAAAAAGAGCAUGUAAAGUAACAUUAUUAAAAUGAAGUUGACCAAGAGAAACGCUAUUGCAAUUUUGCUUUUGUUUCUUGCCGGUGAGAGACUUAAUGUGGUGGGAAUGUGCACUUGAGGUAAGGUAUCAGCCUCGAUAGUGGAUGUUUAAUUUGUGCUUAUUCACUUUGAUUUUCAUUUAAACGGUUGUCCUAAAUGCUAAAUUCUGUAAAAACGCUUCCCCUUUCGCAAUUCUAAAACUUGGUCCUCUCUCAAAAAUCAAGGAAAAUGCAUUUGGUGCCCAAUUCUUUUGACCCCCAUUUUUUAUUUCAUUUUUAAUAAGGACACUGUAUUUUUGGGACUCUAUGUUCAGUUUUUUGGUAAUUUUACUAAAUUGUACGGAUUGAGCUAUCACAUGUUAAUAAUAGCACAUGUCCAAUUUAAUUCUACUUUUGAGCAUAAAGUAAAAACAAGGGCAUUAGAAGGCAUUUUUCUGGUGCGUAAGUGGAUAAACAAUACAUUAUACCACAUGCAUCAUUGAAAAAAUCUUUCCUUUUUGUCUAGUUUUGGGCUGUUUUUUUUGAACUUUAUUUGAAGGCCCCCCAAAAUCAUCUUCUUGACUUGUUACAUCAGUGUACCAUUUCAUCUAAAUCUAUGAUUCUUUUACUAGAAUCACCUUAAUAGGUUCCUUGUAAGGGCCAACUGAACUUGAGAAGGCAAAAUUGUUGAUGGCCAUGAUCUGGGGAUGUUGUCAAUGAUGAUGUGGGGAUUUUAUGUGAUUUUUAUGUCUUGUUGUUCAGCUUCAUCCUUGUUUCAAAUUUUACUUUCAUUGGUUUCAAACUCAUUACUGUCAUACAACACCAUAUCCGAAAACAGAGGAAAUAAAACUUUAACCAAGGAUAAAAUUGAAUGCGCCAAGAAUGCUCUCUGAGAAAGAAGCUAAGGACAAAUUUAUAACAAAAUGCGGUGCUUAUUUCAUUUUAUCAGCUUGAAGACUGCAACAACCAGAACAUAACAAUGUACAAUAAUAUCUCCAGACGAUAAAAAUUUAUUACUUACGUGGGAUAAAAUUAGCGCAUUGUAACAAUUCAAUUUCUAGAUUCAAAUAUUAUCAGUCGCUUUAUUUAGUCUGUGCAUUCUUUAAUAGUUUUUGCAAUACAAAAGACUACAAGUAUUGACAGGAAAACCCAUAACAGGAACUACUUCCCUCACUGAAGGCAUGCAGAAAAACAGCAACAACAACAUGUUUACACUGUGUACCUAGCUGAUCUGAGUUUUUCUCUUUCAUCAAGGUUCUAUAACUCUUCAGAUGAAAGUAAUGGAUCUGAAGAAUUAAUUUAUUGUUUGUGUGGUGAUAAAUUAUAGGAGUUCUUUACUGGCAGCAGACCCUAGAAGGCCAGAGAGUAGCAAUCCAUUUGAUGAGCCAGAACCUUACCCUGACAGUAAUGUAUCCAUUGAUGACAUGAGAAGGCAGCAACAACAAAUAAUUGCAGGUGUUUAACUUAAGUAUUCUGUUUUAACCCUCUAAGUCUCAAUAUCCACAUACAAAUUCUCCAAAGUGAUCUCUAUACAUUUUCUUAAAGAAUUAGUGGAGAGAAUUUCAUAAAAGAUCAAUGCAUUUUCUCUUUGGUGAUCAUUUUAUCAAUUCUCAUAACCUAAUCUCUUGACAGUGUAUGGAUAUCUUUAGGAGAAAAUUGGUGUUGGUCACCAUUGGGACUUGAAGGGUUAAGGGUGCUACUGCUUUAUUUCAUAAUGUGUGCUAUGGUGUUGUUUUGUAAAAUUCCUGAGGCUGGUUCAUAACAACUGUACUUGUUGCAUCACAACAGCAUACCCAGGGCUGUCAUUAAGAGGCGAGGACUUGGGAUUUCCCUUUGCUGCUAAGAAUGUGGCCCCUAGGCUACUUUUAUGGGAAAACAGAAGAAAAAUAGAAUCAAAAGAAAUCCCUAGCUGUUUGAUUCCCCACCUACUUUUGUAUUUACCCGGCGACCUGAAAUCUUAGUGACAGCCCCGAUACCAUAGGUCUUGCAAAAUUUAUGCAAGAGCAGAACUUUUUUCGAGUACAUUUAUACAUACAGCUGUAAACUGUUCCAACAUACCAAUAUGUAAUGCCAUCAUCACAAAAUGGAACAUACACUGUAAUGACAUUCAUUUAUAUCAAACAUGAGAUGCAUGAUGAAGCACUGUGAAAAUACGAACUUAGAGGUGUUUCAUCUGGUGAUAUUCUUGAUAUUUCUUCUCAAACAAAAUCAUUUUUGAAGGAGAAAUUAAGGAUGCAAAAAUGAGCAGUUUUUCAUCUGAUAUCCAAACACUCAUUAAACAUUAAUUUCCUUUGAAUUUUCUUUAUGAAUUAUUAAUGAGUUUGAGAAGUACAUGUACAUGUACAUGUACUGUCAAUGUAUUAUGCAGACAAGGGGACAUAAAAGAAAACUUGUAGUGUAGGGCUGUCGCUAGUUUUUGAAGUGGUUGGGAAAUUUUCAUCAAAUGAAUGUGUCAUGUUUCUAUCAAUGAAGUAUCCUAAUAGCCAGGCAGCAUUCAUAGACCUGGCCCUUAUAAAUUACAGCCCUGAGCCAGCCAUUAACACUGAGACUACUACUACUCCACUACUGCAAAAGUGUCCUAUUAACAGAGCUUAAGGGCAAUUCUAUAUAGUAGGUACAUUCUCUGUUAUCAUUAUAAAUAGAAGGAAAUUUGUCAUCUCUAUAGAAAUUGAAGCCUCUCUUAUAUUGCCUUUCAUGUUCCAUGAACAGAGCAAGAUCAAGGGCUGGAGGCCUUGUCAGGGAUUAUUCAAAGACAAAAGAUGAUUGGACACGCCAUUUCUGAAGAAGUUGACACACAGAAUGGUUAGUAUCUCUAAAUCCUUUAGCGACCUGUUUGGUCGUACGCCUUUCAUAUGGAACGAUGCAGAUUAUCCUUUUCUGAACUCAUGAAGGUGUAACUUUAAGUUGAGCAUUUCAGUCGGUUAGUGGUGAAUCCAGGAAGAACAGACCGGGGGGGGGGUACUGUAGGAAUUUCUGGGUGGGGAUGUGCCGCUGGGACCCUGGAACCCUGGAACCCUUAACCUAUACCAGAGCUAGUUCAGCUGAAUUUGGCUACCCUAUACUAGAGUAAACUCCCCAAAUACCCCCUAUCCUAGAGUAGCUGUUUUCCAGAAACUACUGAGGUCACUAGCACAGUCUAGCCAAAACAAAACCUUAUACCACAAUCCCUAGUCUAGAUAAAAUCUUCAACCAACUGAUCAGUUUCCUGAAAAAUGAUACCCUAUUCUAGACCCAAACGCUCUGAUUUAUAUACCCUAUCCUUGAGUAAACUGCUUGAAAACCAUACCCUUCACAGCGGCACAUACCUAUAUAGACCAUAUAUGGCAGUAUCCCCCCCCCCCGGAGAACAGAUCUUUUCACAAGAAGCUCAUUUUGAUCAAUCUUACUUGAGUAACACACACAAAACCUGAUAGCAUUUUAAAGAAAAAUCCAGUGAAUACGAGUUGAACAUCAGGACGUGUCCCAUUACACCUACUGAGAUCAAGAAUGCUAUAAAAAAGCUCAACAGUGGGAAGGCAGCAGGCUCGACAAUAUAUCACCAGAGGCAAUCAAGGCUGCUGGUGAAGUUUCAGAGGAGGUUCUCCUUGACUUUUAUAAUCGGAUGUUGGACGAGGAAAGAGUACCGGAGAAGAGGAAAAAGGGUCUGUUAAUCAAGCUGCCUAAAUAUGGCGACGUGAGCAACUGCAGAAACUGCUGUGGCAUCAUCCUGUUGAGCAAAUGUCCUGUACACACUGAGGAGUCCAGAAAGAAAUUUGGCCAAGACAGCCCGUGAACGAAACUCACAGGGAAAGCGUAAGAGAGAGAGAUCCAGACACACUAGGAGACACAAUAGAGGAGAAAGGACUUACAUGGCGUGAGGCAAAAGUCACUGCUUAAAAUAGGCAUGAAUGAAAGCCCUAUGCUACAUCGGGAAGGAAGAGUAUUGAUGAUAAUGAUGAUGAUGUUGUAAUUCUCCCUGUUAGCCUUGAAAAUUAAAUGGAAAGUGAUUUUUCUUCUUCGAGCUGCCUGUGACAUGACUGAAUAACAUCAUUCUCAUACAUUUUUGUUGUUGUUUUUGUUGCAGAAAUAAUCGAUGACAUAGAUGGUCGAAUGGAUCAAGCCAACACACGCCUCAUAAAAGAAACCCACCAUGUGAAGAGAAUAACAGCAAAAUCUUCAGCGUGUGGUAAGUUGUAGCUUAAGUUCUCGCAUGUCAGGGAUAAAUAUAUUUCAUAUUAAUCCCUUUACUGCCGUACAUGUUCAUGUAGUUGUAACAUUUGAUUAUGUGGAUAAAUCCUAUCGAGAUCGGCGCAGCGCGGCGCAGCUUUGCUACGUUACAAAAAACGGCGCUAAAAUCGCCGUUCUUAUGAGCGAACGGAUAAAUCCUAUCGAGAUCGGCGCAGCGCGGCGCAGCUUUGCUACGUUACAGAAACCGCGCUGAAAUCGCCGUUCUUAUGAGUGAACGGUUAAAUCCUAUCGAGAUCGGCGCAGCGCGGCGCAGCUUUGCUACGUUACAGAAACCGCGCUGAAAUCGCCGUUCUUAUGAGCGAACGGAUAAAUCCUAUCGAGAUCGGCGCAGCGCGGCGCAGCUUUGCUACGUUACAGAAACCGCGCUGAAAUCGCCGUUCUUAUGAGUGAACGGUUAAAUCCUAUCGAGAUCGGCGCAGCGCGGCGCAGCUUUGCUACGUUACGGAAACCGCGCUGAAAUCGCCGUUCUUAUGAGUGAACGGUUAAAUCCUAUCGAGAUCGGCGCAGCGCGGUGCAGCGCGGCGCAGCUUUGCUACGUUUCAGAAACCGCGCUGAAAUCGCCGUUCUUAUGAGUGAACGGAUAAAUCCUAUCGAGAUCGGCGCAGCGCGGCGCAGCUUUGCUACGUUACGGAAACCGCGCUGAAAUAGCCGUUCUUAUGAGUGAACGUCAGCCCUACCCGACACGGUUAUCGUUCCAGGGCAAGAGCUAUCCUAGUCUGCUACACAGCCGUUUUUAGUGUCGUCACGCAAUGCUAAGGAGCGUUGCGUGACGACACUAAAAACGGCUGUGUAGCAGACUAGAGCUAUCCGGUAUGGUGUAGAAGUUACUGGUCUUAGAGCAGUGGUAUUUCAGCUUAAUUUGAAAUACUUACAUGUGAAAAUUACAAACCUUUUGCGGGUAGUAGUAUAAACAAAUAAUAGCAUGAUUUGUACGUGAUGUUUUGCAUAAAUACCACUCGCGAUAUUUCAAAAUUGUCUCAAAUUUCACUCGCCUAACGGCUUGUGAAAUUACGUAUAACAAUUUCGAAAUAUCACUCGUGAUAUUUAUGACCAAAUAUCACCACAAAUCAUGUUAUUACCUAUACAAAUUUGAUCUCAGCUUAAAUUUUGUAACCUCGGUUGACUCUCAAUUUCCUUUGUCUCCUAGAUCUAAUUAUUCAUGAAUUAGGGAUAGGAAACAAGGGAAAUUGAGAAUCAACCGAGUUUAAAUAAAAAAUAACCUGAAAUCAAAUUUGACCAGUAACAUAGACAUAACCUGAGAUGGACUCUCAAGCCUCAAAGAGGUGUCCACAUUAUAGACGAUAUGACUGAGGAGCGAGAGAGACCAGAUACUGGUGUCCUCUUUAGGGAGGUGGGUACGUUAUACAGGUGUCUGUUAAGAGACAGUGGCUCUUUUUAAUUUGUAUUCCAUGUGCUUGUAGGUUAAACAAAUAAUCGACUGUUUGAUUCAGAAUUUUCCAACUGAUUUUCAGGAGACAAAGGAUAUUAUGGUUUAAUCUGAGAACGGAUUUUAGCUACAACAUGCAUACAGUCGUACCGCCACUAACGGCCACCUCUCUACAAAGGCUUUUUUUUUUUUCGGCGGACAGUCCAUACAUGUACAUUCACUCUUGUUUCAUCCUCUGUGCAACGGCCACCUCUCUACAAUGGCCACUUUUAUCAGUGGCCGUUGUAGAGAGGUUCAACUGUACUGAAACUGCAUGGUGUUGAGCGAAAUUCAACUGAAGGUUUUUCUGGUGAGGCAUUUUCUUGAUGGUGCUUCUUUUGUUUUGUCUUUAUAGGAAUGCUGGUGGUUAUUGUCUUGUUGAUUAUAGUUAUCAUUGUGGUGGCUGUUGUCCCUAAACCAUAGUUUUCACUUCGACGAAAAACAUAACGUAAAGUGAAUUUCCAAAUAAUCUCUGUCUUAGAAUCGUUAGAGACCUUUAGACUCGAAGACGAGAACGACUACGAGUACGAGAUUUGACUGAAAGUUCUUUCGCGUAUUGUCAAAAAAUAGACCCCGCCGAAUGUUUCAUUGUAAUUUUUUUUCACCAGAAAAGAUAGCACUUUUAUCUUUUUUGGAGAAAGUUAAGCCCUCGCUCGAUCGAAAAAUGAUACUGAAACUUAUAACAUUUGAUAACUUGUUUCCGCCACUACGACAUUCUCGCCAGUAGAAUGACGACGGCUAUCACGUUUCCCGCCAAAAUGACGCUUGUUCAAGCGCGCGCACUACUUACUUAAUAUCAAACAGAGAAAAUCUCGUACUCGUACUCUUCCUAGAGUCUAAAGGUCUCUAUUUUAGGAAAAGCUGAAAGUAGGGUAUCUUUGGAUAUGAAUUCAAGAGGGUAGAGUAGGAGCGUGACAUGGCAUGACACGUUCAAUUUGGACAAUUUCUGCCAUGUUUAAGUGCCAAAUUCAGACCCUGAGAUACGGGUGCAGCCCGGUCGUCAAAAUUCUUUUUCGGCCCUGCGGGCCUCACUUUAGUCUAAAAAUAUAAGGGGGGGGGGUCCCGGGCCCCUUCCCUUGAUCUACCACUGUGUUUUGUUAUUACAGUGAAAGCUCUCGUAAGCGGACACUCUAGGGGCGCGAAAAAGGAGUCCGCUACUGGAGCUGGCCGCUUACGGGAAUGUAAAAUACAGAGUUUGUAUGGGAGUUAAGAAAAACAGGGUUUUGUGAAGGUGGGCGUAGGUACAUACAUACAUCCUUUAUUACCUUUCCUAAUACAAGGCUUUUCAAAGAUAAUUAGAGGUAAGGUAGAACUGUCCACGUACGAGAGUGUCCGUUAGAAUAGCUUCCACUGUAGUAAUUACUUGUAUACCCCUGAGAGCCGGUUAAUUUAGACGGUUAAUCGGGUGAAAUGGUUCUUCUUUGUGAGGACAGCAUUGAAAUACAUUCCAUGUGACCUCCCAUAAGCAACUCUUCAGUGGCCUUGUGCAGUAAGGCUAACGCUAGAUAUAUAGGUUGGCGGUUACGUUCUAGUUAAGUCUGGCUCCAGGUGUAGACCUUUUUUUCGCAUAUGUCGUCUAUCAACAAAAAGAAAUUAAGCUUACAUUUUGCCGGCAUUGUUUUGUUAAUCACAGAAUUAUUUUCAGUUGAAACAACAGCAGCAAUUUCAGUUAAACAAAUCCAAAUUCGCUUUCAGAUGAUUUGUGCCCUCCCAUCCCUAGCCUUCCACUGGUGCCGUCAUUUGUGUACCAUUUGUUCUAGUAUAUGAGGAGAAAACAAUAUUAUUCGAAUUAAUUUGUCCAUAUCUAAUUUAAAUACUUCAUUGGAUUAAUUAAUUUUCGCGUCAGAUGACGCAAGUUUGGAAAAAAAAGAAAUGAAAAGCAAGCAAAGAAACAAACAAAACAGAGCAAUCGUCAGGUUAUUUGGUAAUUGUAAAUAAUUUUGUUAAAUCACUUAGUAUAAAAGCUAGAAGCUAGUACUUACUUUAGGGUAGAAAUACAGAGGAGACAAAAGGUCACUUUCUCACCUCUUACAAAUUCUUUAUUGCUUUAUUGAAUCAAAUUAAUAAAAAUGAACGGAAUAAUGAUAAUUUUUUUUCUUUAAAACUCAGUCACUUUAAAUAUUAUGCGUUGUCAAUUUUUAAAAUUGUAUCGAUGUGGUUAUCGAAGGAAACGAGAAAGGUGAUAGGUGAUAUUUUUGUAAGUUUGAAUAACAAAACUGAGAAGCUGAAAUAUAGAUACUGAUCCAACAUGUUGUUUCCUUCCUUCCUUCGUUUCUGCUUUCUUACUGACCAAGAAAGUGAUGUAACAUCGUGCACAUGAAUUGCCUUUAUUAUGUGCGUACAUUCAAUUAUUUUGACGUUACAAAUGCCUCGCUUUUUUAAUUUGCUUGCGAAGAGGACAGAGACCAAUUUUAUGAACCUCUAAGUGCAGUGCAGUGGUGGACUCUGAGUAGAGUAGAAGCAAAAGCGCAGGAAAACGAGGAACGUUAUUGGAAAGACCUGGAAACAAAUGUAAGUCAAUUAAGAACACUUCUCUCGCCGAACAACAAGAAGGAAAUUCACGCGGAAAUCAAAAUUCACGCAGAAGUUCAGCCGAUGACAUCGGAGGUAGAGGCUGCUUUUUGGAAAAUAGCAAGGCGUGUGGAGUGGAUGAAAUGCGUACGGAGUUGCUUAGAGCAGCUGGUGUGUGAUCCUUCUACGUCUGCGCUGUAUGAAAAUUUGGUGAAAUGGAGAAUGGCCAGUUGCUUGGAUAAGGACAGUCUGUACCACGCCGAAGAAAGAGGACCUACGACAGGGUAG